AUGAAAGUGUUCAAGGACCUGAUCAGCGGAGAUGAAAUGUUCUCUGAUUCCUACCCCCACCAGCAGCUAUACAACGACGCCAUCUGGGAAGUUAAAGCAAAGUACACCAAGAAGAGCAGCGACUUCGUCGCCAUUGCUUCCGAUGAUGUCGCAGACUAUUAUGACGAUGGCGAUAUGGUCGUCAACCUAGUAGAUGCCUUCCCACUCCAGGAGGUUCAGCUUACCAAGAAAGACUUCAUGUCCUACGUCAAGGGCUUCUUCAAGAGUGUUGUCACCAAACUGAAGGAGGAAGGCAAGGAAGACCGCGUGAAAGGAUUCCAGCAGGGAGCCACCGAGGCCGUCAAGUACAUCGUAAGCAAUUUCGAUGAGUUCCAGUUCUACGCCGGCGCCAACUACAACAUGGAU